CUCUUCCCGACCUUCCUUGACCAGUAUUGACCUUUACCCCACGGCAGCCUAUCGUCCGUCGCAAACUUCAACGGUUAGUGUCAUCGCACGAUUUCGACUCUCCAGCAGAGGAAGAGCCGUCGCUGGCUUCCGUUGUAUUGAAACCAGCUCCUGUGCAGGAUUCCGAGACAGGACUCGUCUCUUAAUCAUAUUCCAGCCGAGAAAAAGAAGUCAUGCAGUCACAUCGUCAACCUCAGACUCGUCGUAAAUCUAAGCAGCCUGGCAACUACAUGACGAUCGUUCAAAAUUCGGGCCCUAUCAAACAAAACUUUCUCAUAGACCCUGCGCUCUCUGUUCCGUCAACGCUUCUACCUCCCAGAACUCCCUAUGAAUCAGUAGCCUAUGAGAACAAUGUUAAGGUGAUUCAGAGGAACAACCUUAACAUUAUAGCCAAAAGGGGAGAAAUCGACACAAACAUUGUUGUCAUGGAGUCAGACCGGCAGACCAAUUUCCGAGUUGACGUACGCUCUCGCGGCGAUAUCGAGAUUCGUUUACUUUUACCUGGCACCAUCUCUCCGGACGAUCCGAUUCGCCCAGGACCGCUAUGUCUCAUGAACGUGUACUCCAGUUCAGGGAACAUCUACCUUUGGAUCCCGCGGGAGCGCUUGGAGGGACCGUUGAAUGUUACCGCUCGUCGCGAUGUGCAGUUCUCUACUGCACUGUUGGAGGACUUGAAUAUUUUUAACGAGAGGGAGAAAUGGUGGAAGAAGCGGAGGGAAUGUUUUAUAGGCAACCUUGCUGCAUGGUCUGAGGGUGCUGGAGACGUGAUCAAUUUGAAAGCCAAGGCAGGAAGUGUUUUUGUCCAGUACAUCGGCGAGGCAGUGGCCAACGACGGAGUAUAUCACACAUAGUAAUGCCAGUAAGUAGUACGCGUUCCAUGACUGUUGAUUUCACAAGUACAUAUCCUCGAGCUCAGAAAUUGUAUCACUAUGAAAUAAACCAAAAACAGUAGCAAGCAAUACGAAUGAGG